AUGUUUCAAAUUACAAAAUAAAUGGUUGAUUUUCGUCGCAAUUAAUUUUUAAAUUAAGGUCUUCAAACAGAAUUUACAAUACAAUCUGAAAAAGGGUAUGAGAUAAUAAAUUAUAUAGACAUAAAUUAAUAAGUGUAGGAUCAUAAUUGACGAAUUUAAAUAGUAUUGAAAAACAUAUGUAUUUGAAACCAGAUUCAUCUUUUGAAGAAGGUUCAGGUGAAUCAAGUGUAAUGUGUGAUAAAAACAGACAAAUAUGUUUAAGUUCAGAAGAAGUGUUUUAAAUGGUGGUAGACACUUCACAAGAUUAAGCAAUCAAAUUAGAGCCAAAAGCAUUACAAAAGAAGUAAUAAAUUAAUAAUAAUAUAGUAAUCGUGUUAAUGAAGAAUGGGAAUCAUAGAAAUCAAUAAUUGUUAUAAAUGUUGAUGAACAAGCCAUUAAUGAAAUAGAUCUGAAUGAGUUUUUCAUUGAUUAGUAUUCAAUUUUAUGAAUUG